ACGGCUGGGGCAAAGUAACCUCGUACCACGUUUUGCACCUCAAUAUUUGCGUCUUUCCUGCAGCCGCGUCCCCGCAGUGCCGGCACACCGCACACCUGCCGUGGCCGCCCCUCAGGGGCGGAGGCUCCGGGGCUCCUCCUUGCGCGGGCCGCGGGGCGGGCCCGGGCCUGGCGCGGCCCGGAGGAGGCGGCUCCGGGCCGUGGGAGCGGCUCUGUGCCCAUGGCGGCCGCGGCGGAGGGGCCGCCCGAGGCCGGCGCGCAGCCCGCCAAGCAGGAUCCUGCUAUUGAAACUGCAGAGGAAGCUAAGGAGCCAGCGGAAGCAGAUAUCAAUGAACUCUGCAAAGACAUGUUCAGCAAAAUGGCCACUUACUUGACAGGUGAACUGACAGCCACCAGUGAAGACUACAAACUGUUGGAAAACAUGAAUAAGCUGACUAGCUUGAAGUACUUAGAAAUGAAAGAUAUUGCUAUAAACAUCAGUAGAAAUCUGAAGGAUUUAAACCAAAAAUAUGCUGAUCUUCAGCCAUAUCUGGAACAGAUAGACCUAAUUGAGGAACAGGUUGCAGCUCUGGAGCAGGCAGCUUAUAAACUGGAUGCAUAUUCCAAAAAACUUGAAGCCAAGUACAAAAAACUGGAGAAACGAUGAAAUUACAGUAGUCUGUAAGCUGGAGUUGGGCAGUGAAUCGGACUGAUCCCUGGUUUUGCUUAACAGCAAUUCUGUAUGUUGGCAAGGAUUUGGUUUACUGCUGACAUGGAGACUGGGACUUUUUUCAGCUGUUGAUAGGCUGUAUUCAGGCUUAAGGCUGAAUAAUAUUUUCUUCUUCUCAAGGGGUACUGUUGACUCAGUUCUGCAAUGAAAAGUAGAAGCCUGUCUUUAACUCAUGUCGAUAUUGGCUAUAUGUGUGUUAGUCCUGUUUCCCACAUGAAAUACUCGCUCUAGGGAAAGUCUUCCAUAAACUGUAAAGACAUUUUCCCUUAGUAGCAGCAGGACCUAAGCUACAAUUUUUCCUUCAUUGAGCUCUGUGAUGGGAAGAUACCUGGACCUUUGGACUUAAUGGGUGGGAUAUUGAAAACACUUCAUUUUGGUGUCCCCUUUUAUCUGUUUGAAAUAGAGAGCCAAAUUUACAAUAAACUUGAUGCGUAUAUUUCUCUGGAGUCUCAAGUUCUGUUGGAAAGAUUAUACAGGCUGUUUUUUUAUUUUUUUCAAAGGGGUCUGUUAAUAAAGACAAACUCCUUGAAGCUACUAGGGAUGAUAGAAGAACAUGUGUUUUAAACUCUUCAUAAAGUAUUCCUGCAAUUAUAUUCUUAGACUGUCUGGACCUCUGGUGAAGUUUCAAGACAUAUUACUUUAUCACAUGCUCAGUUGACUUAGCAGACCCUUUCUCUACUUCACCAGUGAAUUUUGAUCCUAGUGUUUUUUGAAAUGACAUGCCUGCCACAAAAUUCUACUUCUCUACUAGGUUAACAGUGUUCCAAAUUGCUGAUUUGGCAGAGCCCUUUUUACUGAACAGUUAUUCGUCCUACUCCAAGGAUAUUUUUUCUAUACCUAUUGACCAGUAAUUCAAGCUGGCUUUUGAGUGAGUUGCAGUUGAAGACAGUACAAGUAUUGUAUGUAGGAAGGAAGUGGUUCAAACUUAGAGUGUUUAAAAGAAUGUCUAGUCAGGUGCUAGUGUGAUAAAGAUCAUCAUGCUGUCAGGCUGUGUACAGCCACUGUUUAGUCAGGAUGGACACUUUUCCCAAGUGCUCUUUAAAAAGAGUGAAGCAGAUGAUUUUGAGAGCCUUCACCAUCACUUUGAAAAUCCUGGGUUUGAAAUAGAAAAAGCAUUUCUGUGCUCAUGUUUUGCUGAUCUGCAUUGGUUGCCUCCUUCUCAGCAUGAAGGAAGAUAACUGGAAUAAGAAAGCUGCUCCCUCAUUUGUUUUGGAUAUUUUAGUCAUGGCACAGCUAAAGAGGAAGUACAGCACUUUCUUCUUUUUGUCUGGUGAGAGAAUUUAUUUCUUUGAUUCUGUGGAAUUUGUGGCUUUUUGCCUCUGCAGUACCAUGCUAGUAAUGCAUAGUAUAUCUAGCUUAUUGAUCUUUGAAAGGAAGCAAGUUCAGUCUAUUUCACAUAAACAGUUAAUGGCAUUGUGGUAAUAUUACAAUUCUGUCUUUUCCCACAUAAUAUAGAUUAAGCUCUCUGUCUUCACUGUAAUCACAAUAUAUUAUACAUUGAUGGGAAUGUAAUCAAGACAGGAAAUGCCAGCCAUUGAUCUGUACAUAUAUGCUUGGCAAGUCAUAUAAACUAUUUAUUAUUUUUUCCUGAUUGCAA